AUGAUGAGAACUUCCUCUUUCGAGGCAACGGAUCCGCGAGAUAGGAUGUUUGCGCUUGUUGGACUGAUGGAAGAUAUUGAUGAAAGCUUCGUUGAUUAUUCCAAAAGCUAUCAAGACUUAACCCAGGAGCUUAGUCGUAUGUUUCUGAACGGUACUAUAGGAUCCACGGUGGGUUCUGAGUUGGACGUAUUGUCGCUCAUCUCAAGAGACGAGAAACACGAAUUCACGGAGCCGAGUUGGGUGGUGUACUUUCGCUCGAGGAGAAGUUUCCAACAUGUACCUUUGGUAUGGGUAUACCCGUCUAAGAAGCCGGUGGUCAACCGUAACCCAGACAUACAAUUCACCAAUGGAGAAGGGGAUGACUCUCUUCACAUUCGCGGCACUGUUUUUGAUGUGAUAACACACGUUGUUCCCGUCCCCGUUAUAACUGAGAAUUAUCUGAACACGCCACGUGGUGGCUCGGAAUCCAUCAAAGACAUCAUAGCGUACCAGGACUGGUUCCAACGUGUAGGAGAUCUCAUAGCACCAGAAGGAAACCUGACAACACCACCUAUUGGCGCCGGAUCACAUCCCACCUACAAACCUACUGGUGAAUCUCUAUACAAUGCCUUCUGGCGCACUCUGUGCUGUAAUGGCACAUUUACGGAUUCACUCAACCCCCCCACUGAUGAUGGCAGCUUCGCUAAAUGGCUUACCUUCAUG